AUGUCGCAUGAGCAGCCUGCAGCAGACGCAUCAGCAGCGGCAGCAGUAAGCAGCAGUGAUUCGCAGGAUACAACACCGUCGUCAGGACUGAGUGCAGCUGAGCAGCAUCAGCAUUUUUCAGCAACCCACCUCCCCAACAAGCAUUAUCGAGCCACAGCUCCCGAAAUGCUCCCUCGCUAUCCAUCAUCGGCGACCAGUUUAUCACAGAAUAAUCUUAAUGGACGAUUGCAUUCUAGUGGAUCGCCACAUCCAGUCUAUCAUCAGCCUUCUUCGAUCAGCGAGCAUUUAGCAAAAGCGGACGGGAGCAUGGACGGGAUUCAAGUGACCCAGGAGGAGGAUUUCAGCUAUCACCUGCACCACUAUGCACCUCACCUACUGAGAAGCAAGGAAAAUAUUGCUGACAAUCUCCCGGUGCGAAUUUUUCCCUCGCCAACCUCACAUAACAACUAUGAACAACUAGCAUGCUACAGUACAGCGGUGGCGAUGAUGGAUGGCACAGCGGCGGUGGAAGAAAAAGUGGUACUGCUGAAUGAAAGGUAUCGUGGUGAGUUAUCUGUUCUGGAGAAGUAUCGCUAUGAUCUCAGUAGAGCGCAACUUAAAGCAAGCUCAAGGACUUCUGCCUUAUUGGCCGGUUUCGCAAUGGUCGCACUGGUUGAAUUGCAAUAUGAACGAACGACGCCACCAUAUUUAUUAAUUAUAUUGGGCGUAGUGACAACGUUACUUGUCUCUGUACAUCUUCUUGCACUGAUGAUGUCCACGUGUAUUUUGCCAUACAUUGAGGCAAAUGGCUGCACGCAGGACUCACCUCACAUACGUCUAAAGUAUAUUUUACCAGCAAAUUCUUUUGAAACAGUGCAGGUCACAGGUCAAAUUUUGGCCUGUAAAACUUAUGGCAUUACUUUGGUAGCUCCUGUCCUCAACAUUGAAAUUGAAUUGAUCAUAUAUACUUUAUUCGGUGCAGUUCGUGCCCUUUACGGGACUAUAGCAAGCGGAUUCGGGUUUAUGACGUGGAAGGGUGCGGCGAGUAAUAAUUGAAA